AUGAUAGAUUAUAUUAAACUAAUUCGUAAGAGGAAUUUGGGAUUUAUAGGGCCGAGAAUCUCGAUGCAUGUUGGCAAAAAUUUCAUCGAGGGGAGGACGUUUUUAUAUUUUUUCAUCUUCUCGUCCGCUGGUUGCGGCCAAACCACAUUCCUUACAUGCGAGAUUUACGUAGCGUUCCGCAAGGGUGCUAAAAAUCGAAACGUUUCACGCCAAACUUCUUCCGGCUACCCAAGAGGUAAAGGUACAACCAUUGGGGCGCUUACCAUCGAACCAUCCGGCAUUUCUGCGCAUGAUGGUAGGCGACCGGACGGAUGCACGCUAAUACCUUGGAGAGCCGGCAGAUGUUUGGCGUGGGAUGUUACGGUCCCUGGCACCCUCGCCGAACGUUACGUAAACCUGACAAGUAAAGAAUGCGGUUUGGCCGCGGCCAGGGCAGCGGACGAGAAAAUGAAAAAAUAUGGGAGUGCCCUCCCCUCGAUGGAAUUCUUGCCAAUAUGCAUCGAGGUUCUCGGCCCGAUGGACCCCAACACCCUUAAAUUUCUUAAGGAAAUAGGCAAAAGGAUCAGUGUCAGAUCAGAGGCGAAAGGUCAGGGGAAGGCUGUCAAAUGUUCUCAGUGUGAGUACUUUGCGCAUGCGAACUGUGUUUCAAUCCCUGAAGAGGUUUGCAACCUCUUGGAUUCCAGCACCAACCUCAGAUGGUUCUGUGAUAGAUGCUCAAGUCUGGGACCUAACAUUAAAAAGUUGACCAGCUCUGUCGAUUCUCUCAGAAAAGAUGUUUUCAACAAACUCAACACAUUGAACGAUUUGAAUGCAAAUAUAAAGUCUGAGCUCGAGAAUAUCAACGCAGUAAUAGAAAGUAAUAAAGAAAAGUUAAACCAACUUGAGAGCUCUGAUGUUUUUCGUUGUAAAUUGAACAUCUUGAAAGAAUGA